AUGCAGAUCGACGAGGACCGAUUGGAGAAAAACGACAACCUCUACGACAACGCGUUCAACCUGCUGGCGGUGACACAGAAGCUGCUGAAUACGAUCAUCACCUCCACGAAACAGAUGCCCAAGUACGUGCACGACACCAUCACGCAGAUGGCCAUCGGGAUGGGAUCGGACGACCGUAAGCUGAUCCUCGUGGCCAAGGUGCUUCAGAACAUCGCCCACCAGCACGUCCCUUCCAAAGACGAGCCAUACCUGAAAGUGACGAGGGAGUUCACCAAGGAGAGCAUCGAGGUGGUCAAGACCUGGGCCACGCAGCUUCUGGAGGUGGAUCCGCGGGUGGAUCGCUACAUGCGGCGGCAGCAGAAGCGUUCGCGCGGCGCCGACAUGCACAAGAUGAGGAAGAAGCGCCUGCGUCCCUAUCUCCUCAAGAUCUGUGCCUUCAUGCUCUCCAACGAGGACCAAAUUCGCGCCUACUUCGAACAUCGCGCUCGGUUCGCCCGUGAUCCAAUGAAGAUAAGCCAGGUCUACGGCCGGUUCGCGAACCUGAUCGACGAGCUCAAAGGAGCAGCGGCGAGCAAGACGAGGAAGCGGAAGGCGCGCAGGUGGAGCGCUCUCCGCAACCUCUUCGUGGCCAGGAUGUGCACCACGCCGCCGGUCGAACAGCUCAAGGACAGUGAAGAGGCAGAAGCUGCAGAGGAGACCAAGUGUAAGAUUGGACACGACGUGGCGCGAGUGCGCAGCGCGCAGCAACAACAGCAACAGCAGGAACAAAAGCAACAACAGACCCUGCGUGCGCUGGUCAACCACCGCGAUGACGUCGAAUCCGGCGAUUCGACGGAGGAGGAGGGCUACAACAACGGCAACAGCAGCAAGCCUAAGGAGGUGAAUCGAGACGACAGCGGCAGCUCAUCAUCCGAAGCACUGGAUGGUAGAGGGCGGCAGAGUACGACCAAGAAGAAGAGCAAGCGCCAGCCUUAUGUCAUCGUCUUACCCACACGGACCAACAUCAAAAAAUGUUGA